AUGAAGAAAAAAAGAAGGAACAACUGUCCUGCCAAAAAGGACCACGGUCAUGUGCAGCCUAUGCGCUGCAUGAACUGCGCCCCGUGCGUACCCAAGGAUAAGGCUAUUAAGAAGUCUGUCAUUCGGAAUGUAGUGGAGGCCACCGCCGCCAGGGACAUUUCCGAAGCGAGUGUCUUUGAAGGUUAUGUGUUUCCCAAGCUGUAUGUGGAGCUGCAUUACUGUGUGAGUUGUGCCCUUCACAGCAAAGUGGUCAGAAAUCGAUCUUGUGAAGCCCCCAAGGACCGAACUCCUCCACCCCGAUUUAGACCUGCUGGUGCUGCCCCACGACCUCCACCAAAGCCCAUGUGA